AUGGCAAUAGCCACAGCCAUAACCACCGUCCGCGCCACCGUCACUGCUUCUUCUUCACCCAUCAAAGGUUCAUACUGGUUUGAUCAAGAAACAUUUCCAGUUUCCGCCAUAAACACAACCUAUCUCACACACAUCUUCUACGCGUUCCUCUUACCCAGCAACACCACCUACACCCUCGAAAUCACCGCUUCCAACGCCACCAGCCUCUUGAAAUUCACCACCACCCUCCGCUCCAAGUACCCUCCCGUCAAAACCUUAGUCUCCAUCGGCGGCGCCGCCAGCGACGCUGCUCUCUUCGCUCGCAUCGCCGGAAACUCAGAGCUUACCGGCCGUCCGCCGCUUCUCCUAACAGCCGCCGUCUACUUCGCCAGUGACUUCAUCCUCGCCGCCGGUCCGGCGCCGUCGUACCCGGUGAUCGCUAUGAAUAAGACCCUUGACUUUAUCAACGUCAUGAGCUACGACCUCCACGGAGCGUGGAACAACGAUACCGGAGCUCCAGCAGCGUUAUUCGACCCGAAAGGGAACGUAAAUGCUGUUUACGGGCUUCGGUCAUGGAUUCGGGCUGGGAUCUGCCCGAAGAAGGUGGUUAUGGGUUUGCCCCUUUAUGGGAAGAAGUGGACCCUACUUGACCCGAAUGUGACUGAAAUCGGAGCAGCAGCUAUUGGGAUAAAACCCGAAUCCGGUGGGGAUGUGCCUUAUUUUCAGAUUGAGGUGUUUAAUAAGGAAAGUGAUGCCACCGUCGUGUACGAUCCAGAUACGGUGUCGGCGUAUUCGUACGCGGGAACGUCAUGGGUCGGGUACGAUGACCCAAUGACAGUGACCGUGAAGAUUGGGUUUGCUCAGGCUCUGGGACUUCGUGGAUAUUUCUUCUGGGCUGCUGGCUUUGAUCGUGAUUGGAAGAUUACUGAGCAAGCUUCGAAAGCCUGGAUAAUUACAUGAAUGAUAAGAAUGAAGGUUUAAAACUUGAUUUCAUUGUUUGUGUUAUGAUUCGCCUUGUCUUGAAUUGUGGGAAGGUUCAAAGUUGUAACAGUUCAACCAUUCAUUGAAUAAAUGAUGUCCAAUAUAUAAUCAGAUCGCAUGGUAACAUCCAUUCAAGUUAAACAGGUCAUGGAAUCAUCAUAUCAUCAUGUCAUUAUGAUUGGCUAUAGCCACCAAAGCAGAGCAGUCGGCUUUACUUAUUUAUAACAAUAAUUAGGGUUUGACUGGCGGAGAUGCUCAAGUGACUUUUUCAUUUUAGCAAUUUGUUUAACAAGGUAUAAUACGAGUAUCUUGUAUCGGAUAAUUAUAUUAAUCAAACAAUUGUAAUUCAUAUUGAUAUUUAAAGAAA